UCCACCGAUUCUUUUUCUUUGAUACUGCGAUCUAGAAAUAUAAUAUUGCUAACCGGAAGGUCCGAAGGUGUAGGUUUUUUUUUACUCUUCGACACUAAUAAUUAAUUUUCCUACAAUUUUCGCAGUUCAAACACUAUAAGUAAUCGACUUAAUCGAAAUGUCGAUUCUUAAAAAUGGAAUGAAACUACUGAUGAACAGAUCAGCUCAAAAUGCAUUGGGGAAUAAAUGUCUCCACACUCCGUCACCAUUGGAUUCCGCUAAAACUGUGGGCAUCAAGUCACCGAUUGCUAGGACUUUUGCAUCUGGUGAACCAAAUGAAGAUAAAUUUUCCAACUUGCCAGUUGAAAGAAUUACAUGUACACUAAUUCCUGGUGAUGGAGUCUAUCCUGAAUUGAUGAACUCCGUCCAAACAGUACUGAAAGCAAUUGGAGCUCCUAUUGAUUUUGAAACCAUAUUAUUUUCAGAAGUACAACAUUCUAGCAGUGCUAAAGUUGAAGAUGUUAUCAAAUCAAUCAAUCGCAAUAGAAUUUGUUUAAUGGGUGCAUUAAUGAGUCCAGAUGUUAGCUAUUCUGGAGAACUUCAAAAUUUGCAUAUGAAACUCAGGAAAGGCUUAGAUUUAUAUUCCAACGUUGUCCAUGUAGUUUCUUGGCCAGGAGUUGCUUCUAGACAUAAAAAUAUAGACAUGGUAAUUAUUCGUGAGCUUACAGAAGGAGAAUAUUCAGCUCUUGAACAUGAAUCAGUUGAUGGUGUAGUUGAAUGUUUAAAAAUUGUUACUGCUUCAAAAUCUCAGAGAAUAGCAAAAUUUGCUUUUGAUUAUGCUAUUAGAAAUAAUCGUGAACGUGUUACAUGUGUUCAUAAAGCUAACAUUAUGAAACUCGGAGAUGGUUUGUUUUUAAAAAGUUGUUCAGAGAUCAAGCAACUAUAUCCUGGUGUCAACUUUGAAGCUAUGAUUGUCGAUAACUGUACUAUGCAGAUGGUAUCCAAUCCUCAACAAUUUGAUAUUCUAGUCAUGCCCAAUUUAUACGGUAACAUAUUGGAUAACUUGGCGGCCGGUUUAGUAGGUGGAGCAGGUGUUGUCGCUAGCUCUUCUUUCAGUCCUGAAUGUGCUGUGUUUGAACCAGGUGCAAGACACGUAUUUCAAACCGCCGUCGGUAAAAAUAUUGCUAAUCCGACUGCAAUGUUGAUGUGUGCAUCAAAAAUGUUAAGACAUGUUAAUCUACAACAUUAUAGUGAAUCCAUCAGAAAUGCAAUAAGGGAAGUACUUGCUGCAGGAAAAGUGAGAACGAGGGAUUUAGGUGGUUCAAGCAGCACUCAUGAAUUUACUGAUGCAGUUAUAAAAGCUAUUGUUUAAAUUAAUAUUAUUUCCUUUUUUUUGAGAGUUGAACAUUAAAUUUUCCUAUAAUAAUAAUUUGUAUUCUCAAUUUAGCUUAAUUUCAUCGGUUGUACACAGUAUUAAUGAAUAGAUUUCAUAAUUUAAAAAACAAUGUAUCGUUAAAGUAGAUAACAAUUUUAUCAAUUAUUUAAAUACUUCCUUUCAUAUUGUUAUUUAACUUAUGGUUAUUUAUUAAAGUUAAUAUUUAAAAAAAUAUUAAUAUCAAAUAUUUUGAUUGGACGUGUAUUAAGAUACUAUUUAAAAGGUUUUUUUUAACCAUAGAAAAUGUAGACACUGUAAUUUUGUGUUUUUAAUACUUUUAAGACAAAUUUAUAAAUAUUGAUUUUAAUAUUUAUUAAAAAAUGUUACAAUUAAUGCACUAAAACAUAUUGCUAUACUAUAGUCUAUAAUACUAGUAUACUGUUAUUGUACUUAAAAUAAUUUGAAAUAAUUGUAUUGAAACCUAUUGCUUAACUUUAAGAAUAGUCCCAUUUAUAUAAAUAAAUAAUAAAUUGCAAUUAAUUAUAUACU